AUGAACGCACACCUCACCAGGCAGCGCAGCUGCCCCCGGGGCUCCGGUGGCACGGAUGCGGGGAGGAGCGCGCCCACACUGAUCAGAGAUGCCCCCUGCGCGUGUGGCUGGCAGAGGAGUUCUCAGGGGCUCGGGUACACCUCCCAAACCAUGCCCCCCUCGGGAGCUGGGGGCCCGGCUUCCAGCAGGACCAGGCUGGUCACCCUGUGGGACAGUGUGCGGAAAAGCCCCCGCAAGACGAGCACCAAGGGCAGAGGGGCUUGCGGGGAGCGCUGUGCGUGCCCGCACGGCUGGAUCAGCCCCGCACAGGCCAGCCCUGCUCCUAUAAUUGUCAACACAGACACUUUGGACACGAUUCCUUAUGUCAAUGGGACAGAAAUUGAAUAUGAGUUUGAAGAAAUUACAUUGGAGAGGGGGAAUUCUGGCCUGGGAUUCAGUAUUGCUGGAGGGACAGAUAAUCCCCACAUUGGAGAUGACCCUGGCAUAUUUAUUACGAAGAUUAUACCGGGAGGUGCUGCAGCAGAAGAUGGCAGACUCAGGGUCAAUGAUUGUAUCUUACGGGUGAAUGAGGUGGAUGUGUCCGAGGUUUCCCACAGUAAAGCGGUGGAAGCGCUCAAAGAAGCAGGGUCUAUCGUUCGGCUGUACGUGCGUAGAAGACGACCCAUUUUGGAGACUGUUGUGGAAAUCAAACUGUUCAAAGGACCUAAAGGUUUAGGCUUCAGUAUUGCAGGAGGUGUGGGAAAUCAGCACAUUCCUGGAGACAAUAGCAUUUAUGUCACUAAAAUUAUCGACGGAGGAGCUGCUCAGAAAGAUGGAAGGUUGCAAGUAGGAGACAGACUACUAAUGGUAAACAACUACAGUUUAGAAGAAGUAACACAUGAGGAGGCGGUAGCGAUAUUGAAGAACACAUCAGAUGUAGUUUAUCUAAAAGUUGGCAAACCCACCACCAUUUAUAUGACUGAUCCUUAUGGUCCACCUGAUAUUACGCACUCUUAUUCUCCACCGAUGGAAAACCAUCUUCUCUCUGGCAACAAUGGCACUUUAGAAUAUAAAACCUCCCUGCCGCCCAUCUCUCCAGGAAGGUACUCACCAAUUCCAAAGCACAUGCUUGUUGAAGACGAUUAUACCAGGCCUCCGGAACCCGUUUACAGCACUGUGAACAAACUGUGUGAUAAGCCUGCUUCUCCCAGGCACUAUUCCCCUGUUGAGUGUGACAAAAGCUUCCUUCUCGCAGCUCCCUACCCCCACUACCACCUAGGCCUGCUCCCCGACUCUGAGAUGAUCAGUCAUUCCCAACACAGCACUGCAACCCGCCAGCCUUCAGUGACUCUCCAACGGGCCAUCUCCCUGGAAGGGGAGCCCCGCAAGGUGGUCCUGCAUAAAGGCUCCACUGGCCUGGGCUUCAACAUCGUGGGCGGAGAAGAUGGAGAAGGUAUUUUUGUCUCCUUCAUUCUGGCUGGUGGACCAGCAGACCUGAGUGGGGAGCUCCAGAGAGGAGACCAGAUCCUAUCUGUGAACGGCAUUGACCUUCGUGGAGCAUCGCAUGAACAGGCUGCUGCGGCACUGAAAGGGGCUGGACAGACGGUGACGAUUAUAGCACAAUAUCAACCCGAAGAUUACGCUCGAUUUGAGGCCAAAAUCCAUGACCUACGAGAGCAGAUGAUGAACCACAGCAUGAGCUCCGGGUCCGGGUCCCUGCGAACCAAUCAGAAGCGUUCCCUCUAUGUCAGAGCCAUGUUUGACUAUGACAAAAGCAAGGACAGUGGACUGCCGAGUCAAGGACUUAGUUUUAAAUACGGAGAUAUUCUCCACGUUAUCAACGCCUCUGAUGACGAGUGGUGGCAAGCCAGGAGGGUCACGCUGGAGGGCGACAGUGAGGAGAUGGGGGUCAUCCCCAGCAAGCGGAGGGUGGAAAGAAAGGAACGUGCCCGAUUGAAGACAGUGAAGUUUAAUGCAAAACCUGGAGUGAUUGAUUCAAAAGGGUCAUUCAAUGACAAGCGUAAAAAGAGCUUCAUCUUUUCACGAAAAUUCCCAUUCUACAAGAACAAGGAGCAGAGUGAGCAGGAAACCAGUGAUCCUGAACAACAUGUUUCUUCUAAUGCCAGCGAUAGCGAAAGUAGCUACCGAGGGCAAGAAGAUUUCAUUCUUUCUUAUGAGCCUGUCACAAGGCAGGAAAUAAACUAUACCCGACCAGUGAUUAUUCUGGGCCCCAUGAAGGAUCGGAUCAAUGAUGACUUGAUAUCCGAAUUUCCUGACAAAUUUGGCUCCUGUGUGCCUCAUACUACGAGGCCAAAGCGUGACUACGAGGUGGAUGGCAGAGACUAUCACUUUGUCAUUUCCAGAGAACAAAUGGAGAAAGACAUCCAAGAGCACAAGUUUAUAGAAGCCGGCCAGUACAAUGACAACUUAUAUGGAACCAGCGUGCAGUCUGUGAGAUUUGUAGCAGAAAGGGGCAAACACUGUAUACUUGACGUAUCAGGAAAUGCUAUCAAGCGGUUACAAGUGGCCCAGCUGUAUCCCAUUGCCAUCUUCAUUAAACCCAAGUCUCUGGAACCUCUGAUGGAGAUGAAUAAGCGUCUAUCAGAGGAACAAGCCAAGAAAACCUAUGAUCGUGCAAUUAAGCUAGAACAAGAAUUUGGAGAAUAUUUUACAGCUAUUGUCCAAGGCGACACCCUAGAAGAUAUCUAUAACCAAUGCAAGCUUGUUAUUGAAGAGCAGUCUGGGCCUUUCAUCUGGAUCCCCUCAAAGGAGAAGUUAUAA